UUACAGUCAUUAAGUACAAAUAAUUAGCUGGUUCAGAUCCCGAGAACCCACGUAACACAUUAAAGUAAUGCUCAAUGUUCAUUAAUUAUAGCAUGCUAGCUAGUUAACUUGUUCUUCUCUCGUACAACAUCCUCUUGCCACGCUGUGUCUGUUCCACGGAGCCAGAAAUGCCACACAACUAGAAGGAAACUAACUCGAAAGAACAAGAAGAUGCAAACCCUUUUGCUGUUCUUCCUCUGUUGCUUUGGUCUUCCUCUUGUUUUUGUUGAAGGAGAUCAAAGUGUGCAACAGUAUGAAGAAUUGUCAACUUUGUUGUUAAUCAGAUCUAGCCUGAUUGAUCCUUCAAAUCAACUUGAGGGUUGGAGAAUGCCAAGAAAUGCAGCUGAGAAUCAGUCACCCCAUUGUAACUGGACUGGAAUAUGGUGCAACUCCAAGGGGUUUGUGGAGAGGCUUGACCUUUCCAAUAUGAAUCUCACUGGCAAUGUAUCGGAUCAUAUUCAAGAUUUGCAGAGUCUUUCUUUUCUCAACUUCUCUUGUAAUGGGUUUGAUUCUUCAUUGCCAAGAGCACUAGGAACUCUUACAUCAUUGAAGACCAUUGAUGUAAGUCAGAACAACUUCGUUGGCAGCUUCCCAACUGGUCUUGGAAUGGCCUCAGGCUUGACUGCAGUAAAUGCAUCCAGCAACAACUUCUCAGGUUAUCUUCCUGAAGAUCUUGGAAAUGCAACAUCUCUCGAAAGCUUAGAUUUUCGAGGGAGCUUCUUUGAAGGCUCAAUUCCUGGUUCUUUCAAGAAUCUGCAGAAAUUGAAGUUUCUUGGCCUCUCUGGUAAUAAUCUGACUGGAAGGAUUCCAAGAGAGAUAGGCCAACUUGCUUCUCUAGAGACCAUCAUUCUUGGGUACAAUGAGUUCGAAGGUGAAAUCCCAGAAGAGAUUGGGAACCUCACCAAUCUUCGGUAUCUUGACCUUGCAGUUGGCAGCCUUAGUGGUCAGAUUCCAGCUGAGUUGGGUAGGCUAAAGCAACUUACCACAGUUUAUCUGUACAAGAACAAUUUCACAGGAAAGAUUCCACCAGAACUCGGCGAUGCAACGUCGCUAGUGUUCCUGGAUCUUUCUGACAAUCAGAUUUCAGGAGAGAUCCCAGUGGAGUUAGCAGAACUGAAGAAUUUGCAGCUCCUGAAUUUGAUGCGCAAUCAACUGAAGGGUACAAUUCCUACCAAGCUUGGUGAGCUAGCCAAACUGGAGGUGCUUGAGCUAUGGAAGAAUUUUCUGACUGGUCCUUUGCCUGAGAAUCUAGGACAGAACUCACCCUUGCAAUGGUUAGAUGUGUCAUCAAAUUCAUUGUCAGGUGAGAUUCCACCAGGUUUGUGUCAUUCUGGCAAUCUCACUAAACUCAUCGUCUUCAACAAUUCCUUCUCUGGCCCAAUCCCCACAAGUCUCUCAACCUGUAAGUCAUUAGUACGUGUUCGCAUGCAAAAUAAUCUUAUUUCUGGGACAAUUCUAGUUGGUCUUGGAAGUCUUCCAAUGCUUCAAAGGCUGGAAUUAGCUGACAACAAUCUAACUGGCCAAAUACCAGAUGACAUUGGUUUGUCUACAUCACUUUCGUUCAUUGAUGUCUCUGGAAACCACCUUCAAUCAUCUCUCCCAUAUAGCAUUUUAUCCAUUCCUAGCCUUCAGAUAUUCAUGGCCUCCAACAACCACUUGGAAGGACAAAUCCCAGACCAAUUCCAAGAUUGCCCAUCACUAACUCUUCUUGACCUUUCAAGCAACCAUUUAUCUGGAAAAAUCCCAGAGAGCAUUGCUUCAUGUGAAAAGCUGGUGAAUCUAAACUUGCAAAACAAUCAAUUUACUGGGGAGAUCCCGAAAGCAAUCUCAACAAUGCCAACAUUGGCCAUUCUUGACCUGUCCAACAAUUCUCUGGUCGGUCGGAUCCCGGAGAACUUUGGGAACUCACCAGCCUUAGAAACGUUAGACUUAUCAUUCAAUAAGCUUGAGGGUCCGGUUCCCUCCAACGGAAUGUUGACGACCAUAAAUCCUAAUGAUCUUGUUGGCAACGCUGGUCUUUGCGGUGGCAUACUCCCACCCUGCUCUACUGCUUCUUCUGCAUCAAAACAACAGCAGAAUUUGCUCGUCAAGCACGUUAUUAUUGGAUUCAUGGUCGGAAUCUCAAUCAUCUUAUCUCUUGUAAUCGCAUUUUUUACUGGGAGAUUGAUAUAUAAAAGAUGGUAUUUAUACAACAGUUUCUUUUAUGAUUGGUUUAACAAUAGCAACAAGGAAUGGCCUUGGACAUUAGUAGCUUUCCAACGAAUCAGUUUCACUAGUAGUGAUAUUAUAGCUUGCAUUAUGGAAUCAAAUAUCAUCGGCAUGGGAGGGACUGGCAUUGUGUACAAGGCUGAGGCUUACCGGCCACAUGCGACUGUAGCAGUGAAGAAGCUUUGGAGAACAGAAAGAGACAAUGAGGACGGUGAUGAUCUAUUCAGAGAAGUGAAUCUCUUAGGGAGGCUUCGGCAUAGAAACAUUGUUCGGCUUUUAGGGUAUAUUCAUAAUGAAACAGAUGUACUGAUGGUUUAUGAGUACAUGCCUAAUGGAAACCUUGGAACAGCUUUACACGGUAAAGAUGCUGGAAAUUUGUUGGUGGACUGGGUCUCGCGGUACAACGUAGCAGUUGGAGUUGCACAGGGGCUAAACUACCUCCACCAUGAUUGUCACCCACCAGUCAUCCACCGCGAUAUCAAGUCCAACAACAUACUGCUUGAUUCAAACCUCGAGGCAAGGAUAGCAGAUUUCGGCUUGGCCAGGAUGAUGAGAUACAAGAAUGAGACAGUAUCAAUGGUGGCUGGUUCUUAUGGAUAUAUUGCACCUGAAUAUGGAUACACUCUGAAGGUUGAUGAGAAGAGUGACAUAUAUAGUUUUGGGGUGGUGCUUUUGGAGCUACUGACAGGAAAAAUGCCAUUAGACCCUGCAUUUGGUGAGUCUGUUGAUAUUGUUGAAUGGGUUCGAAGAAAGAUCAGAAACAACAGAGCUUUAGAAGAAGCACUAGACCACAGCAUAGCUGGACAUUGCAAAGAUGUGCAGGAAGAGAUGCUUCUUGUUCUCCGCAUUGCGAUUCUCUGCACCGCAAAGCUGCCUAAGGACAGACCAUCUAUGAGGGAUGUCAUUACAAUGCUUGGAGAGGCAAAGCCUCGAAGGAAAAGUAUUUGUUACAAUGGGGUGCAAAAUCCUAGCAAAGAGAGGCCAAUCUUUAGCAACUCACCUGUAAUAGGCCUUCUGUAGGAGGAAUUUCCCCAGGCUACUGUUCUUGCGCACCUCUUUUUUUUCUCUCUUUCUUUUUAUGUAAAUCUUUUGACUCUCACUACAAAAAAUUUUCCGUUGAGUCUAGUUGCAGAUAUAAACUAUAUAAAUGCUCAUGCUUUCAUUUAGUC